GCUGCUUGGUGGCUAUGAAAACUUGGAACACGUGCGACUCGAAGAGGUUCUCAUGGACUUGACCGGUGGGGUCACUGAAUGCAUCGGGUUGCAAACAAUCUACAGUGCACCGGCUAUGAAACAUGUGGAGUUCUAUGAGAAAGUGGAACAAGCUCUAAAGGAGGGAACACUUAUAAUUCUCUGCACUGAGCCUCCAAAAGAAUCUUCGACGCCAAGCCCUGUGGGUUUCGCUUCUCAGGAGGACUCCAAUUUGUUCGAUCACUUCGGUUCCCCGGGCCCGAUGGACAGCCGACGUGAUGGUACUACCGGAUUGUGUGCACGUUACGGGUAUCUUCUCACCAGGGUUUGCGCUAUACCCAAAGACACCAGUGUAUUCGGUGCACUGAGAGAUGCCUUCCGACGCGAAGGCGACUGUCCCAUCCGCGCCAGGGUGCUCCGUUUGCGUUGUCCUGUUACCGUAACUGGUGGUGGAGGGGGGCUCGGUGAGUGGACUGGCGCUUAUUCGUCAAACUCCACUGAAUGGGAAGAACUCACUUUGGAUGUUCGCAGGCGAUUUCAUCUAACUUUCGAUUCUGAGGCAGAGUUUUGGAUCCCAUUGGACCAAGUUCUCAAGAAUAUGGUUGGUGCAGUGAUUUGUCGUCUUCCUGAUACUGGGAUUGUAAAUCUUGGCGGGCGUACUUGGGAGCUGAACGAACAUCAUGGAGCCUGGCAUGGCCAUCAAGCUGGUGGAAGUAUGCGAUAUCGUGAUAGCUUUCUAAACAAUCCACAAUACAUGUUCGACAUUGCCUCAGAUGGGGAAGAGGUCUUGCUUACGUUGAUUCGGAAACAUGAUCGCGAUCCACUGACCAUGGCAAUCGAACCUGCAUCACACGCCCUUCCGGUCGGUCUUGGACUGUUUCAGGUCGAGAAAAAUCGAACAACACGCGUUCAUCAGCUGGGCUUUACACGGGUCGUUUAUGUUGAAGCCGCCAAGCCCUACAGAACUGUGCUGAUACAUCGCAUUCUCACAGCCGGUCGAUAUGUUCUCAUACCGUUUAUUGAGGAGCCGCUUUCUGUGUCGGCUUAUCUCUUGCGUCUGUAUCUGCCCAAACGAACCGUGAGCAGAGAGUUGACCUUACAUGUCCCUCCAAACGGACCGUUCGAUUUUUUCUACGGUCCAUUCAAAGAAGCUAUACGCUUACACAUUCACAGUGGAGCAAACCUCCUAUGGCCAGACGGAAAAAACCCUCCCUCACCCUACUGCAUUGUGACAAGUGAGGACAGUCCCGUCCGGACUGUUGUCCGCAACGGCACAAGCAAUCCAGUCUGGGACGAGGUUUUCAUCUUCUACCGAAGACGUCCGAAAAAUGUUCCGAUUGUUAUACAGGUUAUGGACAGACGAACCAUAGGAUUUGAUGUGUUCCUCGGUCGACACAGUUUCAAAGAGGUGGAGCUGGCGCAACGUACACAACAGGAGAUUGCCCUAUUCGGUCGUGACAACAAAGAGGAGCGCUCCAUGCGGAUGAAGGGAUCGUUGUAUGUGGAAUUUCAUCUAGUAGACGCGGAAAACCUUAUGCAAAUAUGAUCAACAUCCGCACACUCUUCAUACGCAUGAAUCUCAUGCCUCAUCCUCCGUGCUUUCUUUUUCUGUCUCACGUCCGCUGUUCACUGUGAUUUGUAUUUGAACCAUCGGCCAUUGUAUUAUCCCUUCCUUCAGUCCCUAACUUAUCUUUUUAUUAUCCUGUAAGUUUGGUGAUUUGCGUAAUAAGAGAUGGGUAGUCCUACCA